AAAACAUGCAUGAGCUAAAUCAAGAUAGUAUAAGCUUUGAGAGAUAGAAAAUUAAAAAGAAUAUGGGGAAGAGAGACAUCUUGGAGAGCCUAGGAGACUUCUCCAACAAAGAAGGUUGGGACAAGUUCUUCGCCGGCCGGCAACUCGACAACCCUUACGAGUGGUAUGUCGAGUGGCCGGAGCUCUGCGACCUCCUUCUCUCUCAUCUCUCUGCCUCCUCGGCUUCCCAAAUUCUGAUUCCAGGAUGCGGUGUUUCCCGCCUUUCCGAACACCUCUACGAUGUUGGCUUUCAAAGCAUCACCAACAUCGACUUUGCUAAAGUUGCUAUUUCUAAUAUGUCCCGUCGUAACACUCGUCAACGUCCUUAUAUGCGGUGGCGCGUCAUGGACAUGACUAGCAUGCAGUUUUUGGAUGAAAGCUUUGAUGCAAUUAUUGACAAAGGAGGAUUGGAUGCACUUGUCGAAGCUGAGGAUGGAGCCAUGCUGGCAAAUCAAUAUUUGUCCGAGAUGAAAAGGGUCACCAAAUCUGGAGGGAAAUUCAUUUGCUUUACCUUUGCAGAACCUCAUGUUUUAGGUUUGCUGUUCUCCGAGCUCCGACGAGGAUGGAAAACAAGUAUUGAGGCAGUAGCUGAAAAUUCAGCAAAAAAAGCAAUAUAUCCUUCAUUCAUGGUGGUUGCUGAAAAGUCUGAUGACUCUACUUCUUGCCACCCCUUGAUGGCUUCCCUCGCUCUUUCUUCUUUCCAUUUCAAUGCCACCCAGGCUACUGAGUUCCACGAAGCGGUAGAGAAGGAGAACAAAAUCCGAGAGGAGUAUUCAAAGGGCAAUUACGCCAUUUCACACUCGCUCGAAGGUGUGCAAUUUGGAGACAAGAGAGAACCAAAGAACCUUCACAAACAUGCUUGGAUCAAACACAUUUUGGGUGCAAGAAUGCUCGAGGAAGCCAUUGCCUAAGAAAAACACAAUAUUUCUAGUUGGAGAAAAAAAAGAGUGGGUAUAUGAAAUGAAAUUAUGUGUCAUAAUCUUAUGUAAUGGUUUCGAGUGUCGUAGAGAUAGUUCAACUAGCAAAAAUACGACUCGUCUUGGGUUCAAAUCCUUCUACCUUCAAUUAUCUUUGUCGGGAGAAAUAAAUGUACGUAUUAGUUAUGUGUGGGAGAAGUUAUAUGCAGGUGUGGAAUGUUACCGUGUUUAUAAAUAAAUGAAUAUGGUGUGGUUAUUGUGUAUACUUA